AUGCCUUCGUCGCUUGAUGUCCUCGAGAAGGCUGCCGUACAGGCCAACAACCCUCCUGUCAAUUAUUCCGAUGCGAAUAGCUACGGCGUAGCUCGUCCUUCCAGGAUCGCUGAGCCCGGUACAUUAGGUCUCUUUUCAUUUGCGUCUACUACUUUGAUCCUCUCGCUAUACAACUUGGGCACGCGGAGCAUCAGCCACCCGAAUGUCGUUGUCGGCAUGGGGCUUUUCUGCGGCGGCCUCGCUCAACUCCUUGCCGGCAUGUGGGAGUUCCCCAGGGGGAAUGCUUUCAGUGCCACUGCAUUCACGUCAUUUGGCGCGUUCUGGAUGUCCUUCGCGACGAUCUUCAUCCCCGGCAGUGGCAUCAGUGCUGCAUAUACUAACGCUGAUGAAUUCGAAUCUGCCCUCGGGAUUUACCUCCUCACCUGGGCGAUCUUCACGUUCCUCCUUACGAUUGCCACCCUCCGCAAGAGCAUCGCGCUUAUUACGCUGUUCAGUUUUCUCACUCUUACGUUCAUUCUCCUCGCUGGAGGCUCUUUCUCGGGUGUAGCCAAUGUGACCAAAGCUGGUGGAGGGAUCGGCGUUGUCACUUCCUUGGUUGCGUACUACAUAGGCUUGAGCGAUCUUCUCAGCGCUGAGGAUCAGGCCGUCAUUUACCUCCCCCUUGGUACAUUCUCGAAGAAUGGAUCAACCGGGCUUCCUUCCUCAAUGGCAUGAUCCCGUUUUUAAUUCAUAUCACGCACGCUGCUACGUCCCCUCACUCUUAUUCUAGCCACCUUUGUAAUUGUAAUUGUCGUCCGUUUUUGUGAAUUGUAUAUAUAGUAUACCCUUC